CAGAGGCAGGUUGAAGCCAAUGCCCUAGCCACCACCCAGGGUAACCAGAGAGAGCUUGCCCACCAGAACAUGAAGAAGCAGAUUGACUCCAUUAAGGGAAAGUGCCAAGAUGAUGGGCUUUCUGCUGCAGCCUGCAAGCAGAGGGUCUCAGAGACAAUGCAGCAGAAGCAGAAAAAGGCAAAUGAGAAGAAGGAGGAACCCAAGUAG